UAUUUAUUCACAACAAAGCUUGUUGCCAUAGAGUUCGAAAAAACUAUAAGUACCUGACAAAUCCUAACAAACGCACCCACAGCAGAUCUCCUCAGCAGGUCCUCAACGUCAGCAGCAGGAAUUUAUAAUCAUGCGGGAAUGUCUCUCUGUCCAUGUUGGUCAGGCCGGUGUCCAGAUGGGCAAUGCAUGCUGGGAGCUGUACUGCCUUGAGCAUGGCAUCCAGCCGGACGGUCAGAUGCCCAGCGACAAGACCAUCGGAGGAGGAGACGACUCCUUCAACACCUUCUUCAGUGAGACUGGAGCAGGCAAGCAUGUUCCCAGAGCUGUCUUUGUGGACCUGGAGCCAACCGUCAUUGAUGAGGUCCGCACAGGCACCUACCGCCAGCUCUUCCAUCCUGAGCAGCUGAUCACUGGAAAAGAGGACGCAGCCAAUAACUAUGCUCGAGGUCACUACACCAUCGGGAAAGAGGUCAUUGACCUGGUGCUGGACAGGAUCCGUAAACUGGCUGACCAGUGCACAGGGCUCCAGGGUUUCCUCAUCUUCCACUCCUUUGGAGGAGGAACCGGUUCAGGCUUCACCUCUCUGCUGAUGGAGCGUCUCUCUGUCGACUAUGGCAAAAAGUCCAAGCUGGAGUUUGCAGUUUACCCAGCUCCUCAGGUGUCCACUGCCGUGGUCGAACCCUACAACUCCAUCCUGACCACCCACACCACCCUGGAGCACUCUGACUGCGCCUUCAUGGUAGACAAUGAGGCCAUCUAUGACAUCUGCCGCAGGAACCUGGACAUUGAGCGCCCUUCCUACACCAACCUCAACAGGCUGAUUGGACAGAUCGUCUCCUCCAUCACUGCCUCCCUGCGCUUCGAUGGCGCCCUGAACGUCGACCUGACAGAGUUCCAGACCAACUUGGUGCCCUACCCUCGUAUCCACUUCCCUCUGGCCACCUACGCCCCAGUUAUCUCUGCAGAGAAGGCCUACCACGAGCAGCUCUCUGUCUCACAGAUCACCAACGCCUGUUUCGAGCCAGCCAAUCAGAUGGUGAAAUGCGACCCUCGUCACGGCAAGUACAUGGCCUGCUGCCUCCUGUACCGUGGAGACGUGGUGCCCAAGGAUGUGAACACGGCCAUCGCCACCAUCAAGACCAAGCGCACCAUCCAGUUUGUGGAUUGGUGUCCCACAGGCUUCAAGGUGGGCAUCAACUACCAGCCCCCCACUGUGGUUCCUGGUGGAGACCUGGCCAAGGUGCAGAGGGCCGUGUGCAUGCUGAGCAACACCACCGCCAUCGCAGAGGCCUGGGCUCGCCUGGACCACAAGUUCGACCUCAUGUACGCCAAGAGGGCCUUCGUCCACUGGUACGUCGGAGAGGGCAUGGAGGAGGGAGAGUUCUCUGAGGCCAGAGAGGACAUGGCCGCCCUGGAGAAGGAUUACGAAGAGGUUGGAACCGACAGUGUUAUCGAUGAGGAUGAAGGAGAGGAGUAUUAGAUCACUCAUCGAUGCCCACGUCAAGAAAACAGACCCUCGCCUGAGCCUGUAACGAGGCCAUCUAAACCAUCAGGCAAGAGGGGGAGGAAUAUUUCAAUUUGAAAUAAACAAAUAGAACCAUUCUCUGGUAACGUAGGAUAAUUUCCCUCAAAAUACGAUAAUUUUAAGCUUCCUGUAUGAUACUUCAACAUUUCCCAUCUGGCAAUGCUGUUUGGAGCUGAGAGAGACAGUGGUGUAAGAAGAGGAUGUAAACUGAUGCAUUCCUGGUUUCUUGUUCUAUCAUGACAGUAAAAACAAUCUAAAAGAGAA